CCAGUCAAUAUCGGACUUUCGAACAAUAAUGACUUCUUUAUUCUUGGGCUUGGUGACUUUACUGCUGCUGCAGACGAAGGUCCUGUUUGCUUGGCAGGAUUACAAAGACUACAAGGUGUACGAAUUGAAUCUUCAAGGAAUUGAACAAGAAGUUCUUAUCCAAAAGUUAUCAAGGGAAAAGCCACUCUGGGAUUUUCUCACUCCUAAAGCAAAUGAAAGUUCUUUAAGGGUGAUGAUACCACCUGAAGAAUCUGAUAAUUUGAUAACAACUUUAAAAAUAUAUAAUUUGGAAUAUCGAUUGCUGAUCGACGAUUUGGCACCUUAUGUAAAGGCCCAAAGAGCGGAGAAUCUUAAGAGAAAAAAGCUGAUUCAACUUCCCCACAUCGAUGUCCUGGCUGCUUUUUAUACCCACUCGGAAAUCAAUGAAUACCUGGAUAGUUUACCUGAAAGGUUUCCCAAACGGGUUCAGGUGAAGCAUUUUGGCUGGAGUUACGAGCGAAGGCCCCUUAAAGUCUUGACCAUUUCCAACGGAGAUGGAAAGCGGGACAAGCCAGUGAUUUUAAUCGAUGGAACUGUUCAUGCCAGGGAAUGGAUAUCGCCAUCCAUGGCCCUCUAUAUAAUCCAGCAGCUCUUGGAUAACUACUCGGAAAACAAGGAGCUUCUGGAGGAUUACGACUGGGUGAUUAUGCCAGUGGUGAAUGCCGAUGGAUAUGAGUACACUCAUACUGAUUCGCGUUACUGGCGAAAGACUCGACGUCCUACCAGUAAUCCAGAUUGUGUGGGCACAGAUAUCAACCGGAAUUUUGCCCACGAAUGGGGCCACGAUGAGGGAUCUUCGUCUGAUCCGUGUGAGGAUAUAUAUCGAGGAGAACGACCCUUCGAUCAGCCCGAGUCUCAGGUUCUGCGAGAUGUGCUGCUCCACUACAAAGGAAGACUUAACUUUUAUCUGUCUCUUCACUCCUAUGGAAACUAUUUACUUCUGCCUUGGGGAUACACCAAAGAAUUUCCGGAACACUACCAGGACAUGAUGAAUGUGGCGGAUGCCGGCGCUAAGGCGAUCGUUCACUCUACGAACGGGAUAUAUAGCUAUGGCAGCACCUACUACGUUCUAUAUCCGACAUCGGGGGAUACGACCGACUUUGCUUUGGGAGCGAUCAACGCAACGGUGGCCAUGACCAUGGAGCUGCCGGCAGCGGGAUUCAUGGGAUUCGAUCCCUGGGUUUCCCACAUCGAGCGACUGGUCACGGAAAGUUGGGUGGGAGUGCGGGCCAUGGCCGUCGAGGUGAUAACGCGUUAUCCGGCCUGAUCGGAUUGUAAAUAAAGAGACAUUAGCGUCAAGUUGCGCCAACUCUGA